UGUCACAGCCAGGAUUUGGGACGUGGUUUAUGUCGGGCUGGAAAGGAGGAGGCAAGGGAUAAUCCGACGUUUUGUGAGAUUUCAUUUGGCGACUGACCAGGAAGAGUGUGCUUCAAAACUUUGAUGAGAUGGUCCGAUGAUCUACGUCUUAUUUCCCGACAGAUUUGAACAUGGCCCUUUUUGUUGAAGGUCUGAGAAAAGGAGUGCUCAACGGAGAGAUGUCUCACUUCCAGGAAAUGAUGCGGCAGCAGCUGGAGACCUCCAUACACAGCGAGAUGGAGAAGCUAUUGGACACCACGGCGGGCGCAGAGAGAGAGGCAUGCAAGAAAGACUUUGAGGGCUUCAGGAAUCUAUUCCACAGAUUCCUCCAGGUUAAGGGUCCAUCGGUGGAAUGGAUCAAGAUACGGCGACCGCCCGAGGACUCUAUCCACCCGUAUGAUAAGAUCGUGGCGCGAGGCCUUCCGCAAGGCGUCGCCGACAGCCUCAACAAGCUGGUGGUGGUCAAGCUGAACGGGGGUCUCGGUACCAGCAUGGGCUGCAAGGGGCCCAAGAGUCUGAUCAGCGUCCGCAACGAGAACACCUUCCUGGAUCUCACCGUGCAGCAGAUCGAGCACCUGAAUAAGACGUACAACGCGGACGUGUCUCUGGUACUCAUGAACUCCUUCAACACAGAUGAAGACACCAAGAAGAUCUUGCAGAAGUACACACAUCACCGUGUCAAGAUACACACCUUCAACCAGAGCAGGUAUCCUCGCAUCAACAAAGAGUCGCUGCUGCCCAUCCCUACCAGCCUGAACACGACGGGUCAGAACGCAGAGGGCUGGUACCCGCCGGGCCACGGCGACAUCUACGCCAGCUUCUACAACUCGGGCCUGCUGGAGCAACUGAUUGCUGAGGGCAAGGAGUACAUCUUUGUGUCCAACAUAGACAACCUGGGCGCCACUGUGGACCUGCACAUCCUCAACCACCUGGUGGGGCGACACAACGGCAAGCGAUGCGAGUUUGUCAUGGAGGUGACGGACAAGACGCGCGCUGACGUCAAGGGCGGUACGCUGAUCGAGUACGAGGGUAAACUGCGGCUGCUGGAAAUCGCUCAGGUGCCCAAAGCCCACGUGGACGAGUUCAAGUCGGUGUCCAAGUUCAAGAUCUUCAACACCAACAACCUUUGGAUUUCGCUGUCCGCCAUCAAGAGACUGCAGGAGCAGAAGGCCAUGGACAUGGAGAUCAUCGUCAACAACAAGACGCUGGACGGAGGUCAGAACGUAAUCCAGCUGGAGACGGCGGUGGGCGCGGCCAUCAAGUGCUUCGACAGCGCCUUGGGCAUCAACGUGCCCCGCAGCCGCUUCCUACCCGUCAAGACCACCUCGGACCUCCUGCUGGUCAUGUCCAACCUGUACAGUCUGGACGCCGGCUCGCUAACCAUGAGCCCCCGCAGGGAGUUCCCCACCACGCCGCACGUCAAGCUUGGGAGCUCCUUCACUAAGGUCCAAGAGUACCUGACCCGCUUCGAAAGCAUCCCUGACAUGCUGGAGCUGGACCACCUGACCGUGUCAGGGGAUGUCACCUUUGGCAAGAACGUCUCGCUCAAGGGUACGGUGAUCAUCAUCGCUAACCACGGGGAUCGCAUCGACAUCCCGGCGGGAUCCAUGCUGGAGAACAAGAUCGUGUCUGGAAAUCUGCGGAUCCUGGACCACUAAGACCAUGCCCACUGACAUGCCGACUACGCCUACACUGGUCAUGUGACCACGCCCACCCGUCAGUCUUCAUCCCAACCAUGUGACCUUUUUUUUUUGUGUUUGUUUUCAAAAAGACGCUGCCCCCUGCUAGCUGACAAAACUCACAACUUUCAUGUGAAUAUAACUGUACUAUACUAUAUGGUAGCAAAUGUUCAUUAACAAGAACUGAAGUCAUCUGAAAUGAAGUUGAAGGCCUUAAGUACCGUCUUACAACAUUGUGAAUUAUUAUUUCAGUGUUUUCUUUGUGUUGUUAAUCAUCAGGAGAUGCCAAACACACACAUACACAUAAAGAAUGAGACAGAAAGCAGCAAUAAGUGUUGGAAGUGUGACUGAAGUCUGAUUAAAGUGCAAUAUCAUACACUGAA